CCGCGCGCGCGCGCGCGCGCGGGCGCGCGGGGGGUACGACAGAGGUGGUGCCCGUACCCCCACCAGACUGCGCGCCACGUCGACCUGGACCCUCCCACCCGUCUCGCCGACGGCAAACCAUCUCGCAAAAAUCGUCCCCCUUUCCGCGGAAGGAAAAGAACCACGGCGACGACUCUGCCACCACCAACUACCACCACCACCGUCAGUGGCGAGAGAGAGUUCUCUCGUCGGAGCCGUUUCUCUCGUCAUCGGACCACCACCACUAGCGCGAUACUAUCGUUACUCUACCCGCCAGCGCCAUCGGCACUGUGUACCCGUCGCCUCCUCCUACGACACGGCGAUCAACCGUCAUCUCGCGGAAUCUCGUGGGUAACUUACAGGGGGCCGCGUCGCGUUCUUUCGCGACCAAGGAGGAUCCGCGCCGGGAACAGAAACGGGCAGUGCUCGUCGCGUUCGGAUGAAUGUGGAGCAAAGUUACUUUCUCCAGUGACAGUCGUGUCCAAGUGCAUGUAUAGAUAAAACGGAUAGAAAAGGCUCGAUUAGAUCUUGGUUCGGUUGGGCAUCGCUCGAAAAAAAGGAAAAGGGUCUCGCGACCGAGGAGUGAGAGAGGGAGAGAGAGAGAGAGAGAGAGGAAAAAGAAAGGAAGGGGACAAUAAGAGACGACGCACGAGUCUGGUCUGGUCCCCUGUCGACUCUCGCGUCGAGAGCGACCAGUGAGCGCGUCGCCGUCGCGUUGGUUCGUACUUGGCGCUUUCGCGGAGCGCGCGCGAUCGGUAGCGCCACGACGGGAGCCGCGGCGCGGCGGAUCGGCAGGCACGCCGAUCGGGCGCGGCGAGAGCGAGAGGAAGAGGAGAGAAGGACUAACAGGAAUAAGAAGACGAGCGUGCGCGCCGCUCUUUCGCGAAUUCCGAGCGCGUGAUUGCGCAGGCCGUCGGGCGACCGGCUGCGUGGAAGGAUCGCGAGGGGCGAAAAAGAGACGGCCGGUGCGCGCGUGAUUCAGCGUCGUCCUCGCCACUCUCCCUCUCUCUCUCCCUCGCUCUCCUCUUCCGCUCAUUCCUCUCCUUUUUCAGCGGUGUCCCUCCGACACCCUCGCGCUCGACCUACCUACCGUUCUAUUUCUCUAUCUUUCUCCCUCUCGUUCCCCCCCCUCCCCGUCCCAUGCUCCCUCUAUCCCGUCCGCCUUUCUCGCUCCCUCUCGCCGCGGCCGUCUCGCUCGCACCCGCGUACCUCCGCCUUCCUAUCCGCCGAGCGGAGGACUGGAUUCCGUCGAAAAGAAACGACGAUUCGGAGGAUAGUCGCGACCGAUCAUAGCUGGCGCGUCGAUCGGAUCAACCCAAGUGAACUAGCCGCCGCGACUAACCGCAUCGCGCGCGAUACACAAGUAUCACCGCGUCGCGCGCUGCGCGUGCCCUCCGACCUUUACUUUUUUUUUUAUUCCCUCCCCGCGACUCGUGGUGCGCGUCCGGCCGGUGGCUCGCACUCUUUCUCCGGGAGGGACCCCCUUCGACUCGACGCGAGGGUGACCCCCGUGGUCGACCUUCUCGCGGUUCUCGCGGUUCCGCGAGUGUGUGCCCGACACGCGUGAGCGUCCCACCGAGGACUGAGAACCGCGAUCGCGACCGACUGUUUUCGACUUGUUCCCGCGCGUGUUGACAGUGUUCCGAGUGUGCAUAUGCCGGCAACGGACCGAGAGGAUCGCGUGCAGCCGGGCACCGGAUCGCGACGACGGGACGCGCGGGAGUGUCGUCGCCGGCGCGAGUAGCACCCUCGCCGGGGGUGGCGCGUGACGAGAGGAGAGAGCCAAAGUGCGAGGAUCGCGCACGGAGGAUCCGACGAAAGUGACGGCAGCGUCGGGAAAAAGUGACGGGAUUCAGCGAAUGCCGCGGACUCUUGAAACGAUGAUCGCGUAGCGGCGCCCGACCAUCACGGCCCUGAGCGGCCGACACAUCAUGUCACAGUUCUCUUUCCGAGGAUCGCCAAAUCUACAGUGUCCUGUGACAGUGAGCUCGUCGUUGGCGUCGUCCUCGGCCUCGCCGCCGACGGUCGCGAUCUUGAACGCGGGCGGGACGUCCCUGGUGAGCAGCGUAGCCGCCGGUACGACGACGAAUCAUCCCCUGGACGUAGCCGGUCUGUCGCAAGCGAGGAUGGCGGUGACGAGCGCGAUCGUGAGACCGUCCGGGAGUCCCACCGCCUCGGUCAGUCCUUCCCAAGGUCACCCGCCGCCGUCGGCCGGCGCUCCCGCCGCCAGAUGCUGCGACACCGGACGGCCCAUCUUUACGGAUCCGCUGACGGGCCAGACCGUCUGCUCGUGUCAGUACGAGCUGCUGGGUGGCUAUCAGCGUCUAGGUGGUCUGCCCACGGCCGCGCUCUCCAUGUACAGCGCGCCGUACGCGGCCGCGGCCGCGGCCGCAGCCUCCGAGGGUAUGGCCGCGUACUUUCCCAGCCUGGGCGCCGAACAAGCACCCUUUUACACGCCUACGCCUGCUGGUCUGGAUCUCAAAGAAAAUCUCGGCGCUGGAGCUGCGGCGGCAUGGCCUUAUCCUUCGGUGUAUCAUCCUUACGACGCUGCUUUCGCGAGUUAUCCCUUCAAUGGUUAUGGCAUGGAUCUGAACGGCGCGAGGCGAAAAAACGCGACACGAGAAACGACGAGUACGUUGAAGGCAUGGCUAAACGAACACAAGAAGAAUCCGUACCCUACGAAAGGCGAAAAGAUCAUGUUGGCUAUCAUUACGAAAAUGACACUGACGCAAGUGUCGACGUGGUUUGCGAAUGCGCGAAGGCGCUUGAAAAAGGAAAAUAAAAUGACGUGGGAACCGAGGAAUCGUGUCGAGGACGAAGAUAACAAUAACGAAGACGACGACAGUGGGAGAAAGAGUGUCGACGAGAAAGAUCGAUUAGAUUCGAAAGACUCGGGUACAGGUUCCAGCGAGGACGGGGAACGACCGGCGCAUCGUAUGGAUCUUUUGCACGGCGGCAGCGGCGGCUCGGCCGGCGUUCAGGGUAGAGCCGAGAGCGAGUGGAGCGAGUCGCGUGCGGAUAGCGGGCCGGACAGUCCGGAGUGCCUGUACGACCAGAGGGAGCCGAGGCAUCCGCUGCAGCUGCAACAUCCGGCGUAUCUCGCGCCGAGCCACGGUCGGCUGUUACGUCAUCCAUCGCCGGAGAGCACGUCGCCGGGAAGCCAGCACCACCAUCUCCCGCCGAGCACCAGCGCGUCAUCCACAGCCAGCGCGGUGACGACGAAGCCGCGGAUCUGGUCGUUGGCGGACAUGGCGAGCAAGGACGGCGAUCAGCAAAACUCGAACCCGGUCACGAUAACGGGUCUCGCGUCACCUUACGGCGGAACGGGAGGCGGAGGCGGCGGCGGUGGCGGUGGCGCGGGAGGCAAGCUCGUCAGUCCCCUGGCCAGCCGACUACCGCCUCAUCAUCCCUUACACCCGGCGAUACAUCCGGGCACGCAGUUCGUAAGACCGCAUCCCGACUUCUACAGGAACCUAUACAGCGCGUCUCAUCUUGGCUCCGGCGACAUAUCCCUACUGGAGACGUACUCGAGGACUCUGGGUGGACUGGGCGGCGUGAUACCGCCACCGUCCACGGCGCCGAGCAUACUGACGUCUUCGUCUUCGUCCAUCUCCGUUGCCGGGAACGUAAAGCCUUUUUCGAUCAACGGGGCCAGCGGCGCGGGGAGCGGCAGCGGUGCCGUUGCCGGUGGAUCGGCCGUUUUGCUAACCACCGCGUCCUCCGGACUGUCACCGUCGUCGUCGUCAACGGCGUCGUCGGUCGGAUCCGAUCAGUCGCCCCAUCCGGCGGCCGGCGGUCUUCCCGCGACUCAGGAACUCAAAUCUCCCGGACGAGUGUGACUCGAAGAUGCGACCGAUCGUUGAAGGAAAGACGUUUCGCGCGCGCGCGCGCUGUGCAUCGACGGGCGUUUCGUGUGGUGUGGCUGACAAUAAUCAGAGACUACAAUCUUGUAAUUAGUGUACAGUAAAACGAGAGAUGAUGAGAUAUACUGCCCCUCAACCCGCUUCUCGUUCCUAGUCUUCGUUCUCUUUCUCAUUUUCGAUAUUCGUCGCGAUAUUUCCUUUUUUAUCCCUCCCCUUCCGGAUCGUCCAAUCUUGAGGUUUAUUUUCUAUACCUAAUUGCUCCGAAUAAAGACGGAAACUCGUAGUAUAUACCGACUUCCCAUAGUGGCUCUAACCCGCGGUAUAACCACAGCUAACGUCGACUCGACAGUACACUAUUAUACAUAUACGAAUGCUAUAAAUAUAUAUAAAGAUAUAGGAUAAUAAUUUAUAUUAUUAUCGUACAUCUUUAAUAAUUAAUUAAUAAUUAAUAAUUAAUAUUAUUUAUGCGUUUGUAAAUAGUAGGAAGAGGCCCAGUAGAGAAAUCGUCCGGCCAGUGUAUGUACUGUAUGUAGAGUAGAUACAAUAUUACUAGCAUACCUGAGAUCAUAAUUCAUAUUAAUGACGAUUAUUAUGAUUAUUAUGAUUAUUACGAUUAUUAUUAUUGUUAUUGCAAUGUUUAUAAUAUUAUCGAUUCACACGUCGACUCAGGUUGUCGAGCAUGACGAGGUAUGGAUCGUUAGUCGCGGCGACAGAUUGCGAGGGACGCGCGUAGGUUCUCGAAAUACGGUUCUCGAAAUACGAUUCUCGAAUCCUCCCCUCUUGUAUAAGUGUAUAUCCUCCCCUCUCUUAUUUAUUGCGCUGUAAAAAUUAUUGGCUCGUGAUCAUUUUGUCGCAGGUAAUCGCGAUCGGAACCGACGCGCUUUCGUCGAUUCGCUCGCAAUCUACUGCGAACGUGUACAAUGAUUCCGUCGCGUCGUCCCGCCUAUCGCCGUUGCGUAAUAAAGGGAAACAUUCUUCAAGUUGUGUACGAAGGACACCAACGGCUUGCAACAUAUCAUGUCAUGUCACGUCGAGAGUGAACGAUCGCCAUCACCUUUUAGUCAUUCGUGUCCAAAAUUUCGCGCGAACUCGCUGAUGCCGCACGGCACUGUGUCUCCUUUCGCAAUAAACGAAUCAUUACGGAAAGCAAACGA